CAUAUGGUUUCUGUGCCAUCUCUGUGCGUUUGCAUUGUUUGUGGUGUUGUCCCGGUCGUACGUGGUGCGCUCCUGUUUUGAACUUUUGAUCGUAAACCGUAUCGUUAACAAUGUGACAUGGCCCCUUCCCUGCGCAGCACAGUGAAGGUUCCCAAACGAGCGGUGCAACUUGCGACUUCCACGAGCAAGCAGUCAAGCCUCAAGUAUAAGUUGCUGUUCAGACGCUCGCAGCAGCCGAGCAGUGAAGAUCUUUCCAGCCAGAGAGGUGUGUCCCAGCCUUCGAACUUGCAACAUGCCACGCAAAAGGUACCAAGACCCACUGGUGAUACCUCCACUCGGAGAGUUCCCAAGACCAGUGGGAGUCAUCUCAAAAACUCUGGUGAUAAUAUUGAUGUCCCUGCCCAAAGCGGCAAGAAGCCAAAGUCGCAGGAAUCCCCUGAUAGGGUGCCACGGCAACCCAUGUUGAAGUCAGAUACCGAAGACUCUGAUGAUGUUGACAACCCAACCCACAGCAAGAAGACGAAGUUACAAAAAUCACGUGAUAGGGGGCCACGGAAACCCAUGUUGAAGUCAGAUACCGAAGACUCUGAUGAUGUUGACAACCCAACCCACAGCAAGAAGACGACGUUACAAAAAUCACGUGAUAGGGGGCCACGGAAACCCAUGCUCAAGUCAGACACGGAAGACUCUGAUAACAUUGACGACCCAAACCACAGCAAGAAGACAAAGUUACAAAAAUCACAUGAUAGGGGGCCACAGAAACCCAUACUCAAGUCAGGCGCAGAAGACUUUGAUGGUGUUGAUGACCUGGCCAAGAGCAAAAAGCCAAAGUUACAGAAAUCACCUGAUAGGGUGCCACGGAAACCCAUGCUCAAGUCGGACACCAAAGACUCUGAUGACAUUGACGACCCAAACCACAGCAAGAAGACAAAGUUACAAAAAUCACAUGAUAGGGGGCAACGGAAACUCAUACUCAAGUCAGACACAGAAGACUUUGAUGGUGUUGAUGACCUGGCCAAGAGCAAAAAGCCAAAGUUACAAAAAUCACGUGAUAGAGGGCCACAGAAACCCGUGCUCGAGUCAGAUACCGAAGACCCUGAUAAUGUUGAUGACUUGACCGAAAGCAAGAAGCCAGAGACCGAAACAAGAAGCCAGGAAUCGCCUGAUAAUGUGCCAUGUAAACCCAUGCUCAAGAUAGACGCCAAAGGCUAUGAUGAUGCUGAUGACCUGGCCCAAAGCAAGAAGGCAAAGUUACAGAAACUACGCAAUACGGUGCAACAGAAACCCAUGCUCAUGUCAGACACUGAAGACUCUGAUGACGUUGAUGACCCAACCUACCACAAGAAGUUAACAUCAGAGGAACCGCAUGAUCAGGUGCUGCCACGAAAACCUACACUCAGGUCGAAUGCCAGAUCCAAUCCUGGCAUGCAAAUAAGACAGCCUUGGAAGGUGGACCUUAAGAGAGCCAGCAGGCUUGCUGGGCCGCUGAAAGAGCCACAGAACACUUUCCUGAAAUAUAAAGACAGCCUAGGAGAAAAGGCACAAGCUAGCAAAAUUCAUGAGGCAACAUUCAAGCCAAUCAGUAGCAGUUCAGGCAUCACCCAGCAAGCAGACAAGCGGGUUGCAGCCCGUGCUGGUAUCCAGCACAUUAGAAGAAUGACUUCCAUUGGGCCGCCAAAGUUUAGGAAACCCAUUACCAAGAGGAAGGACAGUCAAUACAAGUGCUCCGUGACAGGAUGCCCGCACACACGUGACGAGGGUCUUGUUGGCUUCUGGCUCUUCCCAAUCCCCGACAAACAAGAUGAGCCAUCACUGCAUUCUGCAUGGCUACAAAGCAUGCCUGUUGACUUCAGUAUCAACAGGCCCCUGAGCCCCCGCGUGUGCUUCAAGCACUUUGACCAACAUAAGGACUUCGUUUUGGCAAGCAAACGUUUAGUUGGACUCAAGCCUAAUGCUGUCCCCUCCAAAAUGCCACGAAAGUGCCACCAUAGGCAAUCCAUGACCUCUACUGACGCAGCACAGAAAUUAGAGUCUGCAAAUUCCAUUGACACAGGACGUGUAUCACAGUCAACUACAGCCACUGACGGAGGAAAUGAGGUACAGUCAACAACUGUGGUUGCAAUGAACCACGGAUCUCAAUCCACAACUGGCACAAGAAAGGAAUCCGAGCCUACGUCUAUUGUUGGCACAGCACAGGAAUCACAGACCAUGACAGCUGCUGAAGCAGCACAGGAAUUAGAGUCCGCAAAUUCCAUUGACACAGGAUGUGGAUCACGGUCCACUACAGCCACUGACGGAGUAAAUGAGCUACAGUCAACAACUGUGGUUGCAAUGAACCACGGAUCUCAAUCCACAACUGGCACUGGGAAGGAAUCUGAGCCUAUGUCUAUUGUUGGCACAGCACAGGAAUCGCAGGCCAUGACAGCUGCUGAAGCAGCACAGGAAUUAGAGUCUGCAAAUUCCAUUGACACAGGACGUGGAUCACGGUCCACUACAGCCACUGACAGAGUAAAUGAGCUACAGUCAACAACUGUAGUUGCAAUGAACCACGGAUCUCGAUCCACAACUGGCACUGGGAAGGAAUCUGAGCCUAUGUCUAUUGUUGGCACAGCACAGGAAUCGCAGACCAUGACAGCUGCUGAAGCAGCACAGGAAUUAGAGUCCGCCAAUUCCAUUGACACGGGAUGUGUAUCACAGUCAACUACAGCCACUGACGGAGGAAAUGAGGUACAGUCAACAACUGUGGUUGCAAUGAACCAUGGAUCUCAAUCCACAACUGGCACAGGAAAGGAAUCUGAGCCUAUGCCAAUUGUUGGCACAGCACAGGAAUCGCAGACCAUGACAGCUGCUGAAGCAGCACAGGAAUUAGAGUCCACAAUUUCCAUUGACAUGGGACAUGGAUCACAGACCACUACAGCCACUGAUGGGGGAAAUGAGCUAGAGUCAGUGACUGUGGUUGCAAUGAACUAUGGAUCUCAAUCCAUGAGUGGCACAGAAAAGGAAUCUGAGCCUAUAUCUAUUGUUGGCACAGCACAGGAAUCACAGACCAUGACUGCUGCUGGCACGAACUCAGAACCGCACUGUUCAAAUGCUAUCACCUCUGCACCGGAAUUAGCAUCAGACAGUAACUCAAGAUCUGCAGCUGAAUUGGGGCCCACUUUCCAAGCUUCAACAGAGUUGAUAGGGUACAAUUCAGGGGCAGGACAGCAGAACAAGGACAAUGUUUGUGCUAGUGUAGUAUCAGUAAAUACAGGGAGUCUUGAGGAAGCAGCCAAGUACUGUCCCAUGGUCGUCACAGUGUCCCCUCUUCAGACAGAAGAUACAAACACUGGAACCUGCGAACCUCUGCCCUCAGGCACUCCUUCGGAGAAAUGUGCCCUCGAAUCAGUUUCCAUGCAGGCUACCAAUGUGUGGAAUAAGCUGGAGCAACAGAAGCAAGAUAUUUCCUGUUCUUUGGUUACUUGUGGUCCUGUUGAUGAUACAGGCAGCAGCACUACUGUUAGCCAUUGUGCAAGCCAGGAAGGCAGCCAUGACUCUGAUGUCAAUGCAGAUGUGUGUGGGCUGGUGAAGUCUGUUCCUAAGGAAAUGUGCAGUGCUUUGACUCCACCUGUUUUAGUUACUGACAAUGAGACAGCAGAUGCCAUAGUCGGCAAAUUAGAAAUUGACUUAGAGACACCCCCACAAGUAUCGAAAGAUGCUAUAGCGUCCUCUAUGUCUGCACAGAUGUGUUCUACGAGUAAGCUUGUUGAUACCAGCAGUGACAGAAUAGACAAAGAGGGAAUGAAAGUCACCACUGAAAGACACAAUCUUGAUCCUCCUCAUCAUAUUGAAAGCAGUCAUAGAAACGAUGCUUCCAUCCCUGCUUUCCGCACAGCUGCCAAGGUCUGUCACACAUUAGACGCACCAGCAAAGCCACUGUUUCAAAAAGAAGUCACAGUCUCUAAUGUAGCUGUGCUGAGCCAUAAUCUCAGUAACCUUGUCAAUUCAAGCAACAGUGAAAUGAACAGAAAUAAACAGGACAACAUGUGUAAAAGAGGGCUGCCUGAGUUUUCUUCGCAGAGCUAUGGUUAUGAUGUUCAAAGGGGUGACGGACUUGUCUCGAGCCAUGCCUUCAAUGUGCCUGUUUCGAAAGCUGCAGUAGAUGGAAAAAACUGUCCAAAAGUUUCAAAGGAAUCCAGUGCAUCUUGCUCAGCCAAUGUGAGGCACCCUACAGACUUGCCUGGUGGCAACAGUACUGAAGAAGCAGGGAAGAGUAAACCGACAAAUUCUGCCACUGCAAGUCAUCUGUUUGAUCCUUCCCAAGGCAGGUACAGUCUUAAGAAAGAAGUCUUGCAAGACGGAGAUGAACUUGGCUCGAGCGCUGUUUUGUGCACAGUUGUCUGGGUUCCCACAAGAGGCACCAACCCAUAGUAUCAAGUGCCUUAAGUUUACAGUCUGGUUCAAGCACAAGUAAAAAGGAAGAAACGGCCAUGUAGAAACAGUAACAGAACAGCUCGUAGCACAUGUAGUGCUCCAUGGCCAAUAAACGAAGCCAAAGCCAGAAGCAUUGACAUGUUGCAGGUGCCUUUUGUUGUUUGUGGACAUUGCUAAACGUGACUGGAGUGCUUGUGUGUGCCUGUUUGUUGAAAUAUUUAUUGUUAUUAAUGUGUGUGCUUGUUCUGUCUUUGGGACACAUUUACAUCAUCAGUAUUCCGAACGUUGUGGUUGUGCCUGCAUAUAGAAGCAUUUUGUAAACUGUGCAUAGGAAUCUUCCUUCUUUGUAUCAUGUUGUGGAGCUUCUUGUUAUAUUCAAACAAGAAUUUGUUGCAUUACACGUGUAUGCAGAAUUGUUAUGGUGGCCCUCGCACUUCUGCAAUAAAGGCUAGCAUAAAGGUGCUUCAAUUGCAGCAGUAGUCAAACGAAGGUGCAUUGAGGAAGCAUUGUGUUGCACAGCGAUUAAACUGGGACCAGUAGAGAUGCAGACGGGAGCCUCUGUGCACAUGACUGUACUGUUGGCAUUCAAUGUUUAUCGGACACGUAAGCUGAAUCUCGUGGACCUACGGACUUGCAAGUCUGUAGGUCAGACUUGCAUUCUCCAACAUUACUGGAACUUGAUUAUACAGCUUAGGUGUCUUUAAUGUAUCAUUUGUCAGAUUGGCAUGCAACUGUGAAGGAUUUCUUUAAUUUGAAGCAUUCUUUGCCUCAUUCCAGGCGCUUUGCAAUAGGUACUCAAUUUGGACUCAACAAAAAGUCAAAUAAUUGGGUCUGAAAUACCGGACCCACUCAAACAUAAGUGACAUUAUUCCAUAACCGGCCGAAAAUGGUGUGCUGUAAUCUAUGAUCGUCACUUUUGGAGAUAAAUUCACUUUCGUGUGACUAGCACAAGACAUAUCAGCAACUGCGAGCAACGGCAUUCUUGGCAUUGUCAAGGAUGCAGUCUUAUCACAGCGUGGAAACGCUGCCACCUGCCAGCCUGUCUGAUUCUAGUCAUGUGAAAUAUUACGAAGCUGAAAGUACUUUCCAAAGUGGUCAUCCAGUUAUACAUUGCAAGUUCGUCAAUGUGCGUUGAUGCACCCACAUGUGCUUGCUUUAGGCCUCGACUGUCCAUGGCCAUGAUUUUCCGGCAAUGUCUUUUAUGCUGUUGUUCUUUCACACUUUUUGUGCAGUGGCCAGAGUGGUGUUCUGCACACGUUAUCAUUGGAAUCAGCUGUCCAUUAACAGUAGAUAGGAGCAGCAUAUAACUGGGCGGAAGGCAACGCUACAAAAUCGUGGCCUGUAUCUCAACCAUUGUCUUGACGUUGCUACAGAUAUGCGAAAGCACAGUCAAUCACAUGCUCAGAAUCUUCAUUGGCAGCUGCUAUAUAGACAAGGCCUUGCUAGGUUUGGUAUCGUGGAGGCACUGGCGAUAUGGCUGAUGACUACGCCUGUGACAUAUCAAAACGAAAAUAUCACUAUUUCUACUCAACUCGAUGACAAAAUUAGCACAUGGUCAUGUAAUCGAAGUCCAAUUUAUCACACGUUGUGUUGUAAGGUGUGCGAAAGUUUAUUCAUCCUUACUCGUUAAGUCUUUGGGGUAGUGGAGCUGUGGACUAAUUCCAUGGCAGUGGCGGACUCCAAUUCCUGUGCUGCCCCAGCAGUAUUCAUGGACGUCUGUCAUAACACCAGCAAAAGCCAUCAACUGUGGCUCCUGUCCCAUGCCAGCCGUAGUUUAUGUUUAAUUAACAGCCAAUUUUUAAUUAAAACUUUAGUUUUCUGCACUGCUUAAUAACUUGGAGCUCUACAUGUAACACUUCUGUGUCCUUCUGUGAUGAUACAAGUUUCCAUGGCAUCAUUUUUUUUUAUCGCAUUGCAAAACAAUCUGCAAUUCAGUAUGUUGUCUGUGUACUUGUGUGAACGUGUUUCGUUGUACAAGGAAUACCUGCACAACAAAUCGUUAAUAUGCUCCCUUUUUGACCCGUAUUACAGGAAUUGUUAACCGAUUUAAGCUUUUGUCAACUUCUGGCUUCUAUACACUCUUCAUGCAGUUUAUUUUGCUUGUGUUGCCAAUGUUCAGGGCUGCAGAUCCUAUCAAGCCUGAUAGAUGGCAUUUCUUCUGUACCCACCAAGUGGCAUUGAUGCUGAAAUAAAAUGACCAACAGGUGUGGGAAAAA